GUGUUUGUGGAGAGGAGAGAGAGAGAGAGAUGGAGAAGCGAGAAGCUUUGCCACAAAGAGCCGUUCUUUUCCCUGACGUACCUCCCCAUUGGGGAUUUUACGGGAUCCCCCAAGACGCCUUAGGAAUCCGUCCUAUCUACUCGUCGCGCGGAAACGAGUUUGAAAUCAUAAUCAUAGAUGACGGAAGCCCAGAUGGUACUCAGGAAAUUGCACAGCAACUGAUAAAGAUUUAUGGAUCAGAUAAAAUUCUCUUAAGACCCAGAGCAAAGAAACUUGGAUUGGGGACUGCUUACAUUCAUGGAAUGAAACAUGCCACAGGAAAUUUCAUCAUUAUUAUGGAUGCAGACCUCUCACACCACCCAAAAUUCAUCCCAAAGUUUAUCAGAACACAGAAAGAAAGUAACUUUGAUAUUGUGUCUGGAACACGAUAUAAAGGAAAUGGAGGUGUACAUGGGUGGGAUUUGAAACGAAAAUUGAUCAGCCGAGGUGCCAACUUCCUCACUCAAGUUCUACUGCGGCCAGGUGCAUCUGACUUAACAGGAAGCUUCAGGUUAUAUAGAAAAGAGGUUUUACAAAAAUUAAUGGAGAAGUGUGUUUCAAAAGGAUACGUUUUCCAGAUGGAAAUGAUAGUCCGGGCUAGACAACUGGGUUAUUCCAUUGGAGAGGUUCCUAUAUCAUUUGUGGACCGAGUCUACGGAGAAUCCAAAUUAGGAGGCAAUGAAAUAGUUUCCUUUCUAAAAGGACUUUUGACUUUGUUUGCAACUACAUAAUUAUAUUCUUCCCUGCAUUCCAUAUAUAUUUACAUUGGACUGAAGAGUUUAUUUUUCUUGAUUCUUGCUGAGAUUCCUUGUGGCAAUUAACAGAAUACUAUUGCCAAUAUCUAAUUGGAAAAAGAAUAGGGGCAGUACAAAUAAAAAAUAUCAGUAUGUGUUCUUUAUUAACCAAAAAUAAUUGCUAUUUUCUUUUCUAUUAAUAAAUUCAGACCUUAAGUUA